AUGCGGGGCUUGGGGACGACAGAGGCUCAAGUGAUAUCACUCGCUAAAAACACACGACUCUCACCUAUGGCAGCCAGUAUCUCAUCCAUUUUCGUAUAUCCAAUAAAGUCGUGUCGUGGAAUCUCACUUCUCCAAGCACCGAUUACUGCCACCGGGUUUCGUUGGGAUCGGCAAUGUGUGGUUGUAAAUGGCAAAGGGAGGAGGGCAUGCACUCAAAGAGUUGAACCAAAACUUGCUUUAGUUUUGGUGGAGUUGCCAAGUGAAGCUUCUAUAGAGGAUUGGGAACCUACUGAGAGCUCAUUUAUGGUCUUAAAAGCACCAGGGAUGAAUGUGCUCAAGGUUUCUUUAAGUAAACCACAUGAAACACUAGCAGAUGGUGUCUCGGUCUGGGAAUGGUCAGGCUCUGCAUUGGAUGAAGGAGAUGAAGCAUCACAGUGGUUUUCAGAUUUUCUAGGGAAGCCCUACCGUCUCGUUCGUUUUAAUACUGCUUCAGAAACUAGGCCUAUGGAUCCUAAAUAUGCUCCUGGACACAAAGUCUUAUUUUCUGACAUGUCUCCAUACAUGCUGUUGUCUCAGGGAUCACUGGAUGCACUAAACGAGCUUCUCAAUAAUCCCAAUCCAAUUAAUCGUUUUAGACCCAACAUCCUGGUAGAUGGUUGUGAACCAUUUGCUGAAGACCUAUGGACAGAGAUCAAGAUAAACAAUUUCACAUUUCAGGGUGUCAGGCUAUGCACCCGCUGUAAGAUUCCUACAAUCAAUCAAGAGACUGGGAUUGCAAGCCCUGAGAUAGGUGAAACUCUCAAGUCAUUCAGGUCAGACACAAUCUUGCGUCCAACUCAAAAACGGAAGGGAAAGGUCUACUUUGGUCUGAAUAUAGUCUGGAAUGACUCUCUACCUGUACUUGAUCAAGGGAAAGGAAAGGUCAUUGAAGUGGGAAAUCUUGUUUAUGUUCUCAGAAAGGUUUCCUCUGCUAAUGAAGCAGUAGGUUGA